AUGAGACCCUCUAUGGACAACGCUCGCGAAGCACUGGAUGAGGAUGCUCCGUUGGGCUCAGAAUCAAAUCCAUUCUUGAUCUACGUUGAAGAGGACUACGAUCAAGUCGACGAUGAGCAUAUUCAAUCUGAUGCGGACACCGAAAUUAUAAACACGCCAGAGUUUUGGUGGGAGAAAAUGUUCCGCGACAGUCAUGAACUCCUGGCGGACUCGACGACUGAUACGGACGCUGAGGCUUUGACCACGCCAGAAUCCUGGUGGGGUUGGUUUGUUGACGAUGAGACCCCAACGAAUGAGGCUACAGCCGUUGAUUCAACCUCUAUUCCACUGCCAUCUACAACGGCUGUGUGCGAAGAGCAAGUAUCCAGCUACAGGGGUGAAAAAGGAAGCGACCAAGGCAGUGAGAACGCGGACUCGGAGAACACGGACCCUUUGAAACUACAGGCAUUGGCCACCAAUAGCUGUCUUUCACAUGGUGGACCGACUGCUGGUCAUGCAAUGUCUGGCUGCCAUAAUUUGGGAACGAAGAAACGCCAACUAUUGCAUGAGGAUGGAAAUGGACUCAGAAGAUCACAGCGAUUAGUGAAAAGGGCUAAAUACGAAGGUUCUUGUGAAUGA